UUUCUCUCGGCCGCCAAAAAUAACAGAACAGCUCACACGAUCUAACUUUGGUUCCUAAUCCGAUCUAACUUUGGUUCCUAAUCCGCUUGGUACUACGUGCAGCAUGCAAACUAACCUCCUAUGUAUCGCAGUUUUGAACCCACAACUAUAAAGCCCUAAUUACUUGCCGCAAAACGCGUCGUCAUCCUCGAUGAUGGACGAUCACGUGGAGACGGAGCAUGGCGGCGGCUGCGGCGGCGGGGGCCGGGACCGGCUCAGCGGCCUCCCGGAAGACCUCAUCCACGGCAUCCUCCUCCGCCUCGGCUCGCUCCCGGCCGCCGCGCGCACCAGCGGGCUCUCCCGCCGCUGGCGCCACGUCUGGGCCACCCUCCCGGAGCUCGACCUCGUCGGCCCGCUCCACCCGGACCCCGGCCCGCAGCCCAUCAGCUCCUUCCUCCGCGCCGUCGACGCCGCGCUCGCCGCCUACACGGCCCCGACCCUCGCCCACCUCGCCAUCGCCAUGCCGGAGCCGCCGCCCCUCCGCCCCAACGGCUCCGGCUUCGUCCCCUUCCACGUCCCCGGCCCCCGCGUCUCCUCCUGGCUCCGCUUCGCCGCGGCCCGCGUGGUCGGCUCCUUCUCCCUCGCCAUGGACGAGCUCGAGCUGCCCCCGUGCGGGACGGCCAAGGAGAUGGCGCUCUUCCUCGAAGGCUUCGUGCUCCGGCUCCGCCCCGCGGGGCUCUUCGCGGACCUCACGAUCCUCACCAUCCACUCGGCCGCCAUGGACGGCCCCGAGCUGGCCGCCUUCGUGUCCGCCAUGUGCCCGCGGCUCACGGACCUCACACUGCGCGACAUCGCCAUCGUCCGCUGCUUCGACGCCCGCCACGACGCCUCCAUACGUUCCGCCUCGCUCAGACAUUUGUAG